AUGCCAACCACCACCAUAGCUUCUUUGCCUUACGAUGUUUGGGCGAAGAUCGUCUCCUUCAUUCCCAAGCAUGUCCUCCGGAAUCUCUAUGCGGUUAACCAGGUUUUAUUCAACUUCGCAAUGGAAGAACGGUAUAAAUCAGCCUAUAUCCACCAUUUAAAAGACCCUCUUACCAUUGAUUGCAUCAAUCGGCUAAGUGACCCGUUUCGCGCAAGCAAAACUCGAGAUUUGCAUCUGCGACCAGGUCCACUGGGUUUCUUGAUUUCUGAGGUCUCACAGAAGAAUUUGCAGUCAUUGAAGGGGAAGAUUAAACGUACUGCGGAUGACAUUUUUGUCAAAACAUUCCUGAAGGCGGAUACCAAGUCUGAAGAACAGCGAGAAGCUAUCCGAUCCCUGCUCCAGAUCGUUACGGGGCUGAAUGGGGUGCAGACACUUCGCGUUGAAUUAUCCUCGCCAGACCGUUUGAAAUCUUUCCGAAUGGCGACCCCCCUCAUCGAUUUCGCAUGGCAGGCAUGUUCCCCCGCCCUGCGCAGGGUUCACUUCGAUUUCCCCUUGGAUGUGAUGAAAUGUGUUCUCACAUCUAAUUUCCAUCUCCCCAACCUUGAGGAACUCUCUGUCAGGUUUUCCAUUACAUAUCGCACCACGGAUUCCGGACAAGUCAUAAUCACAAAUCUCGUCCCCUUUGUCAACAAUCACCAUCUAACGUUGCAAAAAUUGACGCUGUUUACACACGAGCACUUCCACCUUGCACCGUUUUUCCAUCAACUUUCUCGUAUGCCUCGUUUAGCGAGUUUAUCCGUAACACAAGGCUACGUCAGCACCCUGCAAACAGAUACGUCAGGAUUGCAUAGCUUCCUCACACUCCAUGCCGAUACCCUCACCUCUCUGAAGCUCGUCUUCCAAGCUCUAGGGAAACCAUACGUUAAAGACCCGCUGAUGGAAGGGUGGUUCAAACAGCCAUGUCUUGAAGUUGCGUUGCCUCACCUCCGCACGUUGGAAUUUGGGUUAUGGGACUUUCCUUCCUCCAUUUCAACUCUCUUGGACACGUACCUGAAGCAAUACAGCGAUUCCCUGACGUCCCUCAUCAUCAAUAAUAAACCUCCCCCAACGUACGAGGACCUCAACAACAUCGUUACUGGGUUUGGUGCAUCUGGCGUUUUGAGAUACCUUGACAUUGGGGUGUCCACGGUGCCGUCUAAAAUCUUUGACCUGCUUUCUAUCAAUCUUCCCAGUCUCCACGCGCUCAGCCUGGCUACUGAUGGUUUUCUGACCACCAAAGACGUAUCCUACCAAUCCACCGACAUGGUGAUGACCCAGCGCUUCAGCCAGGAAGGGUUUUGCGCAGAGAUGAGACCCCUCUCUUAUCCUACAUGGGAUUUACGUCAUCUCACGGUCACUUUCAACAUCUGGUCAGCAGAUCCGAACAAGCUUUGUGUAUCCGCGAUUUUGAAGGCCCUCCCGGGUUUGCAAACCUUUAACGGAAUCCCAAAGCAGAACUAUUUAGAUCAACUUAGUCGGGAAAUGGGAGUAUAUAAAUACAGAAUCGAAUAA